AUGUUUACAGAUUUUAGUUCCCUUAUCAAUAACCUUCUGGCUACUCAACCAAAACAGAUAAUACCUUUUCCAUCUCCAUAUGCUGCCACAGACCCUACAGCUUAUUAUUUAGGUGCUAUAAUUGCAGAAUUAACUUCUGAGCAAAGAACAGUACAGAGAACAAGAAUGACUCUCCAUUACUUCACUACAACUGUUCGCAUUCAUGAAUUGUUUGAGCUUCUUGGAGUUGAACAAAUCAGUCAAACCACCUAUAUGAAUUUGGCAAAAAUCACAACAUUAACUGCCAAAAACUUUCAACAGCUGCUUCAGGUCUCUGUAACCGCUGCCUCUAUGCAUUCUGCACUUGAAAAUAAUUUCGAUAAACAUAACAACAACAUUGAAACGAAUUAG